ACUCAACCAAAAUCGAAACAUUAAUAAAAUGCCAAAUAAUGCUCGUCACAAAUUCUAAAUAUUGCUUGGCUGUCAGCGAUUUCGAAUCAUAAAAGAACCAACGGAAAACACAAGCUAUAAACAAGGGAAAAACAAAACCGAAACAGAAGCAGAAUCAAAAUCACAAUCAGAACCAAAACCAAAACAAAGGAACCAACAGAGAAAGGGUCAGGAAACAAAAAAGAAUAGAUUUAAACGUUGCAAUCCCCAAAGCGCCUUGGCUGCCCCAUAUUUGCCGCCCAAUUGCCAACCGCUAGCCACCCACUUUUCACUACCUUUUCCCACCCACUUUUCACUACCUUUUCCCAACAGCUUUUCCACCAUCCUUGCGCUCCAUUGAUGGAACAUUCAAAACAAAGUCAGCAGAGACAGCCGAAGAUAAACAAAGCAAAGUCGUAAAGAAAAAAUACAAACAAUACAAAUGGCGCGGCAAGUGGAAUGAGGGGGGGAGUGAGUGGUUGGGCAGAGCAAUGCGCUCGGAAAAGCUAACGGUGACGUGGCUGAGCUUUUCCGUGACGUCACAGUUGAAAGCGCCGAACCAACUGCCACACCGAACCGAGAUGCGAACCAAACCAAACUGAACCAAAAUCGCUUCAAACACUCGACGGCGCUCGCACGGAUCGGAUGUGAAAAGCGUUUGGAAAAUCGCCCAGCGCUUCACGUAUCGUUUCGUUUUCAGUUGGAAAACCGCGUUUGAAAAUACGCCAACCACAAUAACAGAAUUAAUCAAAACAAUAUAAUAUACUCAAUAUAUAUAUUUAUGCAAUGUGUGCCUGCGAUUCGUACACAAGUUUUGUGGUGGAAAAUAUUUGAAAUCUAAAAUAUUUGAAAAAGAAAAAUCGCAUGUGCUUGUUUUUCGGUUUCGGAUUCACUUCACAGCUGAAAUCUAUCUAAAAAUAACGGAAAACAAGAAAAAAGAAAGUGAACAAGUGCACAAAAUUAUCUCGCUAUAUAUAUAAAAAGUGAGCCGCCAUCACAAUUUUCUUUUUAUACCAAUUAUCGAUCAAAUACAUAAGUAGUGCCAUACAUUUUCGCUGGACGCUGGAAUUAGAAUUAGUAACGCGCCGGGAUAGUCGAAGGUGCCAACAGUCGAAAUACAGAGUGCACCAUAAAACAAACUAAAGUCACACACCAUACCAAAACUCAGAUUAUGAAUUAUGCAACCAAGCAUCCACAGCAGCAAAAUAGAGCAACUAGAGCCACAGCACGAACUGCUUAAUGCACACAAGUAGCAAAUCCUAGAGCAACUUGACCGAACUCGUUACGGAAAAUUGCCGGCGAAGACCACAGACCACACACCGGACACAAACGGAAAUUUCCCAGGAGUUGGACCAAACGAGAUCAAGAGAAGUCGCCAUGGUGGACGACAUCUCACCGAUGCAUCAUCGGAUGCAAAAGAAGACGCGCAGCGCCUCCAUUUGUGCCACCGGCGCCAGCAUCGAGACGGUCAUCCAUGGAAUGCCCGGCGCCUCCGGCAGUGCCACGCCCGAGGGCGGUACUCCCGGGUACCGGCGACGCCGACCGGCCACGCGCUCCCAGAGCGCCCGCAUCACCUCCGGCGCCAGAUCGGUCCGCCAGAAGACCAAGGCGCAGCAGCAGCAGCAGCAACAGCAGCACACGCUCCAGGAGACCCGGAGCUACUGCACCAGUGAGCCCCGGCUGAGCGAGACGGAGACGCCUCCGCAGCGCCGCAAGCUAUCGCAGCGGAGGCCACAGACGCACGCACACAGAAAAUCAAACGCCUUCCUGGACGUGCCCACCAUGAACAUGCAUCACCUGCGCGUCAACGACGACGACGAGGAUGUGGACAGAUUGCGCACUUUCAGCGCCUCCAAGGGAGGUAUCAUCAAUCGAGGUGACUCCUUCCGUCGCCGGCGCUCGAGGAGCAACAGCCUGGCUCCAUCCAGUCCCAUGCACACACGCAAUGGUGUGGGCGGCCUGGGUGGCGUGGCCGGGGGCGGAAGCAGCCUGGGACUGGGUUGUGGCUACAAUGGCGGCAGCAGCAGCAACGGAUUCGGAAAUGCCAAUGCCCAGGAGAACCAUCAGCCGGUGGAAUUCUAUCGCGUCGAAAUGCUUGGAUCCGCGGGAGUCGGCAAACAGGCUUUGCUUUCGCAAUUCCGCACCUCGGACUGCAUCAAUGCCUACGAUGGACCUGAAUGCGACGAUGCCGAGCAGAACGUCUCAAUCAUCUUGAAUGGCACCGAAUCGGAACUGAAGUUCCUCACUGGAAAUCCAGAGAGCAAGGAUGAACUGGAGCAGGCGGAUGCCUUUCUGGUGGUCUACUCCUGCAUUGACAAGGAGUCCUUCACGCGGGCCAAGCAGAUACUAUCGCGACUGCAGGACAUGGACCUGCUGCGCCAUCGACCCACCAUCCUGGUGGCCAACAAAAUUGAUUUGGCCCGCUCACGCGCCGUUUCCGCCCAGGAUGGCAAAUGCGUGGCCUGCACGUUUGGAGCCAAGUUUAUCGAGGUCUCCGUGGGCAUCAAUCACAACUGCGACGAGCUCCUGGCCGGCACGCUCACCCAGAUUCGCCUCAAGAAGGACCAAGUUCAGUUGCAGGGACCAAGGGACGCCAAUUCGCCGGCGCAUUGGUACAAAAGCCGCAGCGUGAUGCUGGCCAGCAUGAAGGCCCGCCAGAUGCUCACCUGGAUCCUGGGCAAGGAGGACUCCAAGUUCAAGCACUGCGAGAAUCUGCAGGUGCUCUAAAAGGGCAAAUCGAUCCAAAAUCUAUAGGUCUAUACGAGUAUAUGUACUUAGCGGCUAAGUGUGUUGAUAUGUGAAUAUGUAUGUGUAAAGCUUUAUCUCUAAGUGCUCCAGAUGGGCUCAUCUAAUAUGUAAACAGGUUUCGAGAUUUCGAAGCUCUCCAAUUCGCCUGUAAGCAGCCAUUUGCAUACCGAGGAGUGGGUGUGUGUGUGUGUGUGUGUGCGUGCAGCCAGCUAUUUGUAGUGUCUAACGUAAGCCUGAUAAUCAAAAAUUAAAUCAAAUUUAAUGUAAAACCUAGGGACGUACAUAUGUAUGUGCAACGCUUGCAGCGACUAUGCGUAUGAGCAACUUAAUGGAACCAAGCGAAAGGAGCAAAACCAAAAAUUCUAACUAAACCUAACUAAGCUAAACUAAACUAAACACAACAGAACAGAGAACAACACUACUUAUGUACUUAACUAGCAACUUUAGUAACUUUUCUAAGCCAGGAGCAAGUGGAGGGAGGGGGGGGUCGAUAUUUUUCAUAAGCUAGCGGCUUAGCUGUUUACAAGCAGAAUAAAGGUGUGCAAAAUGUUCGCAGCAAAAAAGAUAGUUAUAUAUACUAUAUAUUUAACCGAAGAGUAACGAUUUUCAUAUAAUAUUUAUAUAGAGUAUGUGUUAAAGUCGGAUUGCAGCACUUUGUUAUUUUCGUUUUCAGCAGCUUAGGGAAGUCUUACAGGGAGUUAGCUAGCUGCGUAGACAGAUUUAAAAUAAAAACAUAAAAAAAAAGAAAUAGCCCUCGAUGAUCCAUCGUAUAUAUAUAUACAUAUAUAUUUAUAUUUAUAUUUAUAUUGUAGCGUUAGCAGUCAAUAUUCUUUGUGUCUUCCUUAGUCAAAUAUGUAUGUGUGUGUCGGUGUGUUUAUAUUAGGAAUCCUUCCAAGAAAUAGUGCAAUGCAAGGAAUUCGCGUGUCCUCCACAAAAGCCUUUAAGUAAAUGUGCUCAAAGUGGAAACAUGAAAAGUAACUACAAUAAUAUACCUAACUCUAAUGAGAACCACAUAGAUCGGUGUGUACA